CGGGGGUAUGGAGUAUCAUGAAAAGUUCAUGAAAGAGUACGGAAGUAUAUUUCAGGUGCAUGGAUUACUUGGGGAGAAGCAGAUCUUUACCUCAGACUGCGCCGCCAUAUCGACGAUACUAAAUGAUUCUGAUACCUUCCGUCACACCGAGGAAUAUGAUACCAUUGCUACUCUCAUAUUCGGCCCUGGCAUCAUCGGCGCCCAAGGCCGACAGCACAAACGCCUACGCAGAAUGCUGAACCCCAUUUUCAGCUCGCACAACAUCCGGGAACUCACAGGAGUCUUCUUCUCCAUCGCUCACAAGCUCCGAGAUUGCUUGGAGGGCGAACUUCCACCAGACGCCGAGCGCGAGAUCAACAUCCUGGAAUGGACGUCCCGUGCCGCGCUCGACCUCAUCGGCAUCGGCGGUGCAGGCUACCGCUUCGGCGCACUCGACGGCUCCAAGAAUGCGUACACCACUGCGGCCAAGGGUCUCCUACCCACCCUGACGAGCCUGACCCCGAUCGUCCCCCUCCUCCCCUACCUCCACCACCUCGGUCCCAGCCAGUUACGGCGGUUUCUCGUCCGUUUCGUCCCCUGGCCGGCAGUGCAGAGGUUCCGGCGCAUCAUUGACGUGAUGGACCGUACCGCGUGGAGCGUGUACCGCGACAAGAAACGAAAGGUAAGGGAGAAGGUGGCGGUGGGGGAGAGCGAGGGCGGGGGCAGGGACGUGAUCAGCUUGGCUAUUGCUGCGAACGAAAACGCGGACGUGGACUCGCGGCUCACGGAUGAGGAGCUCGCCGCGCAGAUGGGAGGCCUCAUCUUCGCAGGCCUAGAUACAACCUCCGGUGCCCUGUGCCGCACCCUGCAGGUGCUGUCCACGCGCCCGGACCUCCAGCGACGUCUGCGCGCGGAGAUCGCGGAUGCCAAGCAGACCCGGGGCGUCGAGCAUGGGCAUCUGGACUAUGAGACGCUGCACGGGCUGCGGUGUCUCGGCGCCGUGUGCCAGGAGGUGCUGAGACUGUACCCCCCGGUGACGUGGUUCGACAGGACCUCCCAUGUAGACAUAUCCAUCCCGCUCGCCUCGCCCCUCACAACGAGCACCGGGAAACAAGCGACUAGCGUCCCCGUGCUGAAGGGCACGACGGUGAUUAUGUCCGUGCACGGUGUCAACCGCGACAAGGCACUCUGGGGCGCAGACGCGGAGGAGUUUAAUAUCGACCGCUGGUUACUCCCCGAGCGGGCGGAGAGGCGGGGCGGCGUGAAGGUGCCGAGUGUCUGGAGUUCGCUGCUGUCCUUCGGUGCAGGCCCGAGAGCGUGCAUCGGGUUUCGGUACGCGUUGUUGGAGCUGAAGGUAGUCCUCUCGGUGCUCAUCGAGUCGUUCGAGUUCUCGCCGACGGGCAAGACGGUCGAGUGGUCGCUCAGCUUCACGCAGUCGCCGCAUGUGAAGGGGGAGGACGCCCCCGGGAUGCCUUUAUUGGUGCGGAGACGGGCGGUGGAAGGGUGA